ACUUUGAAAGUAAAAAUGAAGUACAUAUUUAUAAGCCUAUUGUUUAUAACAUGCAUAAGUGUAGUAUAUGUGUAUGGUGGAGAUGACUGCUGCCGAAAAAUUGGUAAAGCAAAAGCAGCAUUAUUAGAAGCAAUUGAUACUCUUCAGAGAACCAACAGACUUCUAGGAGAGACAGGUUCAGCGAUUCCUUCCAAUAAAGUUGCCUUUCAUGCAAGAUUGACUCCACAUGUAACCCUUGGUUCGACACAAACUGUUAUUUUUGAUCACGUGAUAACCAAUAUCGGUAAAGCAUAUAACCAACAUACGGGUCAUUUCACAGCACCCUGUAAUGGAAUAUACUUCUUUGCCUGUACAUUUCUACAGACAAGUACACCUUUAGAGCUUCAAAUUGUACAGAACAGUAGCGAAAUAUCAAGAGGACAUGCACCACGUGGUGAAAAUUUUGCCGGGUCGAUGAAUGCCGUAAUAUAUCUGCACAAGGGAGAUGUUGUCAAAGUGCGCCAUUACCCAGGACGAGGAUCGGAAACUAUACAUGGUGAUUGGAGCUUUUUUUCGGGUUAUCUCCUCUAA